CACUUGAACAGUGUGUUCGUGUGUUGACAUGAUGAUUUUUAUCUAUUUCUUCGUCGGUUUAUUUAUUCAAAACUUGGUUAGCGCACGGGUUCAUGAUUUAAAUGAUAUUACAAGAAAUAACUUGAACGAAAAUGAACCUCUUAAACUUCAAGUAUUCGAUCUGUUGGAUUUUUUGGAACGGAUAAAAGCCGCUAAAGAAACUGACAGAGUACUCGUACAAGUGUACUACGAGAGUUUAUGUCCUGCCUGCAGACUUUUCUUUACAGAGCAAUUAAAACCUGUUGUAGAGAAACUUGGGCAGUACAUAAAUAUCAGGACCUAUCCUUAUGGAAACGCAAAGACAAUAAUUGAUGAAAAUGGUGAUUACACAAUCAAAUGCCAACACGGGCCUCCAGAGUGCUACGGCAACAAGCUGCAUGCAUGUGCAUUGAAUUUGUUGCAGAAUAAAACUCAAGCAUUGAUCUUUAACGCCUGCUUGAUGACCCGAAGGCGAAACAGUCAUGGUUCAGACGAUAAGGCCGCUGACGCAUGUGGUACAGAACUAAAUUUGGACUCAAACACAAUUAAAGAAUGUGCAAAAAGCAACAAAGGCGAUGAAUUAUUAAAAUAUUAUGGUGAAGAAAGCAAAAAGGCAAAUUUCAAUUACGUACCAUACAUCCUGAUACAAGGACGUGUCAACGAUGGAGAAGAACUAAUGAAGGAUAUCUGCAAUGUUUUCACCAAUCCUCCUCCACCAUGUAAUGACAAAUGAAGUAAAUAAAUGAAUAAUAGUCGG